GCCUCGCAGUCAUUGGCGUGCACUAUAUACCAGACACACGGCGGUCCAGUCAUGACAACGAACGCUAUAAAAACGCGCGCGCACUAACAACAAAAACAAAUAAUUUGUCUCCGCAACGCCAUAAAGUCGAGUGGAACAGAAUAACAUAUUGCUCAAAAUGCGUGAAUGUAUAUCAGUGCAUGUUGGUCAGGCCGGGUGCCAGAUGGGCAACGCCUGUUGGGAGCUGUAUUGUCUGGAGCACGGGAUUCAGCCCGACGGUCAGAUGCCAAGUGAUAAAACUAUUGGUGGUGGAGAUGAUUCUUUCAACACGUUCUUCAGUGAAACCGGGGCUGGUAAACAUGUUCCUAGAGCCGUCUUUGUGGAUCUCGAACCUACCGUCGUUGAUGAGAUUCGAACCGGAACCUACCGCCAACUAUUUCACCCCGAGCAACUAAUAACCGGCAAAGAAGAUGCGGCCAACAAUUAUGCUCGUGGUCACUACACCAUUGGUAAGGAAAUCAUCGAUCUUGUCUUGGAUAGAAUACGUAAACUAGCUGACCAAUGUACAGGCCUGCAAGGGUUUCUGAUCUUCCACUCAUUCGGUGGUGGUACUGGAUCUGGCUUCACAUCCCUGCUAAUGGAGCGGCUAUCUGUUGAUUAUGGAAAAAAAUCUAAGCUUGAGUUCGCUGUUUAUCCUGCCCCCCAAGUUUCGACAGCUGUCGUGGAGCCAUACAACUCUAUCUUGACCACUCAUACCACUCUAGAGCACUCCGACUGCGCGUUUAUGGUUGAUAACGAGGCCAUCUAUGAUAUUUGUCGCCGUAACCUUGACAUUGAGAGGCCAACGUACACCAACUUGAAUCGACUGAUUGGUCAGAUAGUUUCGUCAAUUACCGCAUCUCUCAGAUUUGAUGGUGCCCUUAACGUUGACUUGACAGAGUUCCAAACCAACCUUGUACCAUAUCCACGUAUCCACUUUCCAUUAGCUACCUACGCACCGGUCAUCUCCGCUGAGAAAGCAUAUCAUGAACAACUCACCGUUGCUGAGAUAACGAAUGCUUGUUUUGAACCAGCUAAUCAGAUGGUUAAAUGCGAUCCUCGUCACGGCAAGUACAUGGCUUGUUGUAUGUUGUACAGAGGAGAUGUUGUCCCGAAAGAUGUUAAUGCUGCAAUCGCUACAAUCAAAACUAAGAGAACCAUCCAAUUUGUUGAUUGGUGUCCUACUGGCUUCAAGGUUGGUAUCAACUACCAACCGCCAACAGUGGUACCUGGUGGAGAUCUUGCAAAGGUUCAACGUGCAGUAUGCAUGUUGAGCAAUACGACCGCUAUCGCCGAAGCCUGGGCCCGUCUUGACCACAAGUUUGAUUUGAUGUACGCUAAGAGAGCGUUUGUUCACUGGUAUGUUGGAGAAGGAAUGGAGGAAGGAGAGUUCUCUGAGGCCCGUGAGGACUUGGCCGCCCUCGAGAAAGAUUACGAGGAGGUUGGGGUUGAUUCAGUUGAGGGGGAAGGAGAAGAAGAAGAAGGAGAUGAAUAUUAAUCUUAAAUUGGAACAUUUUAGUAUCUUUCUGAGAAUAAAUCAAAGACUUUAAAAUGAAAAUUCAAUUUAACAAUGAAAAAAAAAAGACUUUUUUAGUAGUUAACUUUUGUUUCUUUCCUAUUUUUCUCUAAAUAUUUCAGUUAUUGUCUGGCUUCAUUACUCGAGUCUCAUAAAUCAUCGGCAAAUUGUUCGUUACUGAAUUAUAGCACCCCAAACACUUGCUUUUAUGCUAAUGUAUCUAGCAUCGGUUAGAAAGUUUCAUUCUUUAACAUGUUCCGACUAUAGAUGGUUUGCAUUUUUUAAAUUCGUUAUCAGUCAAUGCACUGGUCAACAGUAUUCAUUAAUCAUGUUUGCAUGUUUCAUAGAUUUCUCAAGACAUAUUUGAAGCUGGCUGUAUCAAAGAUAUACAUUCUAUUUAUAAUGUUUAUACUGAUAUAUGAAUACAUAAAUGGUUUUAUCAAGUUAUAAAUUGCAUUUAGUUACGUCAAAUGCGUGUUUUCCAGUGUUAUUUACCUUCCACUGUCAUAGUGUCAAAAUGAUAAAAUCGUCAAGAUAUUUCUCUUAUAUUUGUACCUCGUGUCUAGUCAUGUGCUAAUCCAUUCUUUUACGUAUAUUUUUUCCUCAUUAUUGUUUAUUUUUAAUAUAGAGAUGAAAGAACCUCGACAAGAAACACACACCACUUUUACCCUUAGAGCUACAAUAUACUAAUUCUAUUUGGGACGUUAUAACAGAUGAAAACCUAAUAAACUUGUAACAUUU